AUGUUGAAUCAAAAAAAUUUCAACGUUAAUAAUAAAACGAAUUCAACUAGAAACGCUGGAACUUCAAAAAAUAGACUUCAUAUAGACAACAACAAUAUCGCCUUUAAUCGGUUUGUACCGCCUCCAUAUCUUCCACCUUCAUUCGUUCCACCUUCAUUCGUACCACCUUCAUUCGCUCCACCAUCCUUUGUUCAACCUUCCUUCCUUCCCCCACCCUUCCUUCCACCUCCUUUCCUUCCACCCCCCUUUAUUCCGCACCCAUCAAAAUUUGAUUUCAAAAAGACGGACAAAAAUUACCACAUCCAACCAGCACUUCACAACCAGUACAACCACAACGUAGAAGAAUACGAUCCGGCAAAUCCAUGGAUUGAAAAAAGCUCUCAUCCCAAAGAGGAAGUGGAUCAUACUGCUGGGCAGCCAGAGUACGUACCUACAAGUAAAAAAAGAAAGCGUGGUGAAGAUAACUCCGAUAACCUGGCUUGCAAAAAGACGAAUGUUGAAAAAAGUACACCCGCAUUGACUUCAAUUAACAUUGAUGAUCUUUUCAAAAACCUAGUUCGAACCGGUUUAAUUAAACCGACCUCAGUAAAGAGCGAACACGAGGAUACGUUGAAAGAUAAAUGGACCGGCCACAAAAAUCGCAGUUUCCCGAUUGAAUCAGCAACAACAACAGCAAGCAAAGAAUCGAAACAAUUUCAAUUGAGAGUUACAUGCAUCAGAAUAGACCCACGAAUUACAAAUAAUUUGCGAAAAGGAUUGCUCUGCGAGAUCUGUGGAGUGAAGUUUAGGAACGACGCUCCAUUCCAAUUUUUAAAAGACAGAGCGGUCCAAGUAUCAGCAGAAGCGAGACUGCAAAACCACAAGCUAGAGCAUUCGCAAAAAAACCCAGCUAAAGAUAGAAUAUAUUACCUAAAAUUAGAAGAAUGGGUGAAGCAGGACUCAAGAAACAUAUCAAUUGAUUAUGGAGAGCCGAUUGUUGUUGUUGCAACUGAGAAAAGGGCAGAUACAACUCUUAAAACGAAAAAGAGAAAAAGGGAUGAAGAUGUCAACAAUCUACACAAAAAAGAAGAUGACGACAACCACCGCAAAAAAAUUGAGAAAGAGUAUGACCAGAUUAUCAGCAAGUAUAAGAAGAAACGAGUCGCAGCAUCUUAG